UUUUCAGAAAAGACAUAUGAAUGGAGCUCUGAGGAGGAAGAGCCAGUGAAAAAGGCAGGACCAGUCCAAGUCCUCAUUGUCAAAGAUGACCAUUCCUUUGAAUUAGAUGAAACUGCUCUAAAUCGAAUCCUUCUCUCAGAGGCUGUCAGGGACAAGGAAGUCGUCGCUGUAUCUGUUGCUGGAGCAUUUAGAAAAGGAAAAUCCUUCCUAAUGGACUUCAUGUUGAGAUACAUGUAUAAACAGGAAUCAGUUGAUUGGGUUGGAGAUCACAAUGAACCAUUGACCGGUUUUUCGUGGAGAGGUGGGUCUGAACGAGAGACCACAGGAAUCCAGAUAUGGAGUGAAAUCUUCCUUGUCAAUAAACCUGAUGGUAAAAAGGUUGCAGUACUAUUGAUGGAUACUCAGGGAACCUUUGAUAGUCAGUCAACUUUGAGAGAUUCAGCCACAGUAUUUGCCCUUAGCACAAUGAUCAGCUCAAUUCAGGUUUAUAAUUUAUCUCAAAAUGUCCAAGAGGAUGAUCUUCAGCACCUUCAGCUUUUCACUGAAUAUGGCAGGCUAGCAAUGGAAGAAACGUUUCUGAAGCCAUUUCAGAGUCUGAUAUUUCUCGUUCGAGACUGGAGCUUCCCAUACGAAUUUUCAUAUGGAUCUGACGGUGGCUCCAAAUUCUUGGAAAAACGCCUCAAGGUCUCAGGGAACCAGCAUGAAGAACUACAGAAUGUUCGAAAACACAUCCAUUCCUGUUUCACCAAAAUUUCCUGUUUUCUGCUACCUCAUCCUGGCCUAAAAGUAGCUACCAAUCCAAACUUUGAUGGAAAACUGAAAGAAAUAGAUGAUGAAUUCAUCAAAAACUUGAAAAUCCUCAUUCCUUGGCUGCUUAGUCCCGAGAGCCUAGACAUUAAAGAGAUCAAUGGGAACAAAAUCACCUGCCGAGGUCUGGUAGAGUACUUCAAGGCUUAUAUAAAGAUCUAUCAAGGUGAAGAAUUACCACACCCCAAAUCCAUGUUACAGGCCACAGCAGAAGCUAAUAAUUUAGCAGCCGUGGCAACUGCGAAGGAUACAUACAAUAAAAAAAUGGAAGAGAUCUGUGGCGGUGACAAACCAUUUCUGGCCCCUAAUGACCUGCAGACCAAACAUCUGGAGCUUAAGGAAGAAUCUGUGAAGCUAUUUCGAGGGGUGAAGAAGAUGGGUGGGGAGGAAUUUAGCCGCCGUUACUUGCAACAGUUGGAGACUGAAAUAGAUGAACUCUACAUCCAGUAUAUCAAGCACAAUGAUAGCAAAAAUAUCUUCCAUGCAGCUCGUACCCCAGCCACACUGUUUGUUGUCAUCUUUAUCACAUAUGUGAUUGCUGGUGUGACUGGAUUCAUUGGUUUGGACAUCAUAGCUAGCCUAUGCAAUAUGAUAAUGGGACUGACCCUUAUCACCUUGUGCACCUGGGCAUACAUCCGGUACUCUGGAGAAUACCGAGAGCUGGGAGCUGUAAUAGACCAAGUGGCUGCAGCCUUGUGGGACCAGGGAAGUACAAAUGAGGCUUUAUACAAGCUUUACAGUGCGGCAGCAACCCACAGACAUCUGUAUCAUCAAGCGUUUCCUGCACCAAAGUCAGAAUCUACUGAACAAUCAGAAAAGAAGAAAAUGUAACCCCAAAUUUAAAAAAUACAGGUGCAUGACCAAAUUGUCAAUUAAAUAUUGUUUUAUGUUUCCAUGCACACAUACAAAGUGCUUCCAUCAGAACAGAGUAAAAUACCAAGCACCUAUGAAGAGUGCACAACAGCUUAGUUCUUUUGCUUCAGUGUUUAAUAAGCAGAUAUAUGUAUGCAUGGUUAUAUCAUUUGUUAACAUGUAUGGUUUCUUGAUUUUGUCUUCAAAUAUGCUAUUAUAAUUUAAAGAAUUUGUCUAUUUAUGAUAACAGUACAUGUGUUCUGCUUGAAUUUACUAAAUACUACUACUGGGUUAUAGUUAAACCAUGUAGUAAUAUUACUCCACAUUUAGAUAUGCUCAUUUAAUUUCUACAGAAGAAUUUUAAAAUUAUUUCACAUAGGCAUUUGUUAAAACAUAGCUAAAUAGGCUUGAUUCAACCUAUACCAUCUUACAUAUACCAUUAGCUUUUAUUAUAAAAGACAUCUAAGAGAGCUUUUCAGUUGCUUUAUCAGAAACUAUAUAUUGCUUCUUUUAUAUUAUUGUUUAAUAUAGAAUAUAAACCUCUUGAUCAAAAAUGCACAAAAAAAAUCACUUUGUAUAUGUAUUUGAGUUUCACUGCAUUGUAUAUUUUUUCAUUUGGUACACAAAGAUAUGUAUUCAUCAUAGGUUUAUUCUUUUAACAUGUGAACUAUUAUUAAAGUUUACUCUGGUUCCUAAGAUUAAAAACAACUGAAUUUGGAAAUGUUUGGGAGGUGCUGAUACAGAAGAGGAAAGUUUCUGUUUUUUAAAUUCAAAAUGCAUUUUCUUUAAUAUUGACACCAUUACAGAUUUAGCUUUUCAUUUUAACAUAUGUAUGCUGAUCCCUUUUAGGUACCUUCCAGUUCUUUUAAACCAGUGAUUCUAUAUUGUAUUUCUAAUUACUAAAAUCUGUAGUGGAAUUUCAUUGAACAUACUUUUUAGAGGAUAAAAAUGUGCAGUAAUGGAAAAAAAAAAAGUAAUGCCUCUUAUCCAGAAGCUCUAAAACAGAGUAAUUUAUAACUUUCUUAGAAAAAGUAAGCUUUAGUUAAAUGAAAUGGUAAUAUUAAAGAAAGAAUAAACAAUGAUUAAGAUGGAAAAGCAUGUCAGAGUUCAUAAGAUAUAUAAGCUCACAUCUUAGCAAAGUUUGAUCACAUGGCCUGUGAAAUAACUUUUCCCACUGAUAAAAUUCCACUGGCCUAUUUUCAUUUUGGAUACCCCUUUCAUUCUGCUUCCUCUGCCUAUGGGCCUGCUGAAUGGAAAAGUAGAAUAUUUAUAAGCAUUAUGUAUAAAACAUGGACUCAAAUACAACACAUUUAGUUUCCACAAAAAUAUAUUUAAUAAGCUUGUUAUAUAAAAUCAAACAACUAACAUUUUCAACAUUUUAUCAAUAACUCAUAUUCACCAAUAUCUAACUAGGAGUACUUUAUAUUUUGAAAGAUUACCUAAACUAAAAAAUUAUUUACAUAUUUACAACACAUGUAAAUAUAAAUGAACAGCUAUUUCAGCAAGUGCUGAAAUUCACAGAAUUGUAGAGAUUUAUAGGCUAGCUGUGCCAUAAAUUUGCCUGCAGUCAAAUGUACUGUGCUAGUUAUGAACAGUGUCUUAAUAACUACUAAACCAAAAGGAAAAUAAGUUGGGAGGAAAAUGCCAGGUUUUAAACUUCUGUGACAAACUUGGAA